AUGCUCAGUCUUGGGCGAGACGGGCUACGGGCCCUCGCAUUCGCUCAACUCGCCCAAGGAUUCGCAUUCCAGGCUGCGGAACCAACUGCCAUCCAACAUUAUGGCGAGAUCUUGACAGGAGGAGAGCCACAAGCUCCGGAGACGACUCCAGGUCUGUCUAUUAAAGAUCUUCAGCGCCGAUAUGCGACCACCACGUCGGGCUAUGAAUAUGUAGCAAGUGGGUAUGUCACGGCAGAUGCAAGUGUCUGUGGCUGGGUGAACGCCGAUACUGGAACCAAGAUAAUCUGCCAAGAUAGUUCGAGUUGUGUUUUCCACACCACUGCGACAGGAGCCAAUCCGUUUCCCGGCAUGGUGGGAUGUUGUCUGGACGGAGAUUGCAGCUUUGAGACCGUUUGCUAUGACUCCUCUAAAAUUUCCGCCACUCCGAGCCUCACAGGAUUAGAUGAUCCUUUCGCUAUACUCUGCACACAAUCAGACUAUCCAUCCUGCGUGACCUACUCCUAUUCCGAUCUCGGCAUCGUGGAUUACCAAUGCGCCUACACAUCAGAUUAUACGACUAUGUACGCCUGGGCUACCGCCAAUGGCGUCACAGGUGCUACCGAGAUCUACACGACUGUGGCAAUGAGCACCAUCAACGACGCCGGUCUCUCUUCUUAUUCUUCCUCCUAUGAUUCGAAGUAUGGAACUACCACGAAGCCAAGCGCCACGCACUUCGCCUACUCAGGGAAUGCUACCCAAUCUCCCACCGCAACUGCUACCAAUGAUGGCUCGUCUUCGUCUUCGUCUACCUCUACUGGUGCGAUUGCUGGCGGUGUUGUUGGUGGUGUAGCCGGUGCUGCAUGCAUCGCGGGGGCUGCUGCGUUCUUCCUCAUUCGGCGGAGACGUUACCAGCGCAAGCAAACUGGCCUAAAUAGUAUGAUACAAGGCGGAUAUCAAUCGGUCCCUGCAAGCCAUAGUCCCCAAGGAUGGGAAAUGCAGCAACCCUCUGAAAUGGAGAGCAAUGAGGCAUCGCAAAAAUACACCGAAGCGCCGGGGAGCGAGGGACCACAACAUCCGCGAGAGAUAUAUGAAAUGGACACAGGUGGAAGAGACUUCAUCGCUGAACUGCCUGCAAGCACUGACUACGACGUCAAGCAUAAGUGA